AUGAGGACGAUCUCAACUCCCAUGGAUGAAGCUGGCCACCGGGUUUGGGAUUCGCUUCCAUAUUUUGAGUCUGCGAACAAAGAUUAUGAAGAGUACGCACUUGCCCUAAUAGAGGAUGAAAUGAAGCUAGUAAAACCGCCAAUACUCCCUGAUAUCACACCAAUCAGGUUCCGAUCAGCGGGCAUGAAAAAAGAGUGCGAGAUACUGAUUGUUGGAUCGAAAUUCGAACAGAGAAAACAGCUUCCGCACCAAAAGCACCAAGGUGAACCACGAACUGAAAAAGCUUCCAUCUCCGGUGUGCAAGACGCAAAAUGUAAGUACGAAACAGAACGAAUUCGUUCCCAGCUUUUGGAGGUAGAAAAAAACGAGGCGGCUGAAAGCUGGAAAAGUUUCAACGAAUCUUUGUCUCUUCACCAAAUGGAAUUGUCAAGAGUCGUGAAAAAGCAGUUUGAAGCUGUCGAAGAGAUCAACUACGAACGGCAAAAAGCACAACAACAGCAAUUGGGACCUCAAAUUGAGACCCUUUCUACGGAGUAUCAAAGAACUCUCUAUAGAAGGAACCAGUUCAAGCACAGCAUCGGCUCACGUGAUGGAAACGAGAUGCAUUCAUAA